GCGCAGUUACGCAAAAGCUGAUAUCUGAUAUUUGAGGGCUUGCAAAUGCAAAAGUUUCCACUGAGGAUGUUAAGUCACUUUCGUAUAGCAGAAAAAAAAAACCUUCAGGAAACCAUGACGCAGUCGGAGGGCUGAGCUCCUCUCAGAAAGAAGGGAGUUUGCGUUUUUCUGACGGGGUUAUUUCUUCAAGACGCAACAGCAGCGAGAGUCUGGAGAGCGGUGACUUUUACAUUGUGCUCGUGUUCUGCUAAAGAAAAAUAUAAAAACAAACCAAAAAAAAAAAGACAAAGAUGAGAGUGAUCCUGUUCCUCGUUAUCUGCUGCCUCGCCUUACAUAACGGGAAGGGAACGCCUAAAACUGCUGUGUAUAAGUUUGUGAGAUGUAACCCUGAGGGCAACCAGGCCAACUGUGUGACUCUACAAAGUCCACAAAUGGAGUGGAGUCCAGAACUACCGGCCAAACUGCCUGCCUCAACGGCACAGUAUCUAGAGGCAGAGCCUGUGGAGGAGGAACUUCCAGAGGGGGAGGAGGGAGAGGAGGAAGAACCGAUGAUGGGUCAAGAGGGAGAGUUGCCAGAGUACGACUACGGUUCUGGACAGUAUGAGGGCUCCGGAGCUGAAGGUUGGCCCAUGGCAGACAUGGGCAUUACUGCUGCUGAAAGUGAGACAGGCUCAGGCGAGACCUGGACAGAGGAAAACGUGAAGCUGAACAAAGAUGGAAACAUGAUGAGGCGGUUGUUCCCGAGCAGGUCUCUGGUUGGUGUGGCAAAACCAGCAGAGCAUGAGCUGAGAGAAGACAACCUUCUGCAGCUGUAGACUGCACAGCAACCCACUAACACACACGCACACACACACACAUGAACACACUCACACGCAGACACACACAUGCACACACGCACACACAGUUGGAACCAAGGCUAGCAUCUAUUUUGUUUUCAUCCUGUCUCUUCAUAUAGUAAAACAAACAUUGCAUCGCCACCUGGUGGUUGCUCUGAGAUCGACAAGGGCCAAACACAGUAUACUGUAUAUUUGUAUUUGCAGUGCUAUUGAUGGGAAUUAUUCUCUUCAGGUUUAAAAAGGGAGAGUGCAAACAAUGCAAAAGUAACUGCCAAAGUAAAAGAAUGGUCUGCAUACAUGAGACGUAAACACACUUUAAUUAAGUUUAAGUUGGCUGUGACUCGUACUUGUGCUUUCUUGUGGAGAGGACGUGUAAGUUGGGCAAUGCAAAAAUGCAAAAAAUCUAAAUAUGCCGAAACCUGCCUUCAAAAUUGUUGUAAUACCAGUGCAAUAAGAUGAUGCCACGCAGUGCUCACUCUGUGCAGCUGUGGUUCCAAAGCUUUUUUUGUUUAUGGAGCCACGAGGCCUGUGUUCCUUUAAGACACGCCAAAGACUUAUUUAUAUUAUUCAAUCCCUUUUUCUGUAAAGUGUUGUGACACUUCACACUUUUCCGCAGGAGGGUUAUGGAACCUAUUUUGGGAACUUUUGUUCUGCUCACGUUUAAAAAAAGAGCAUCUUGCAAACCCAAAUCCCUCAGGAAUGGAUUUAUGCAAUCCUAACCACUGUGAGCUGGAAUAUAUUCAAAAUAUGGAAUGUGCACAUGGAUGCACUUCACCGUGCUCUGCAUUGUCUAAUUUGCAUUUGAAAUACUUCUAUCAAUAAAGGAUUUAUAACAAGA